AAAAAACUAAUCUCCUUCUUACAGGUGUUUUCAAAUGGAGAUGAUCAGCUGGAGAAGGCAAUGGAGGAGAUACUGAGGGAUUCUGAAAAAGACCAGAACAACUCCACUGCUUUCUCUGAAGGUUCUAGUGAUGCAUGCAGCCAGGCAUCUGGACUUGGCUCAGCAGAAGUGUCUACACGAAGGUCUUCUUCUCCCCAUGAGCCCUUGGAAGAGGACAGCGUGUUGUUUAACAAACUGACUUACCUGGGUUGCAUGAAGGUGUCUGCCCCUCGCAAUGAGCCAGAAGCUCUACGUGCCAUGGCAAACAUGAAAUCCUCAAGUCAGGCCCCUCUAUCUGUAACACUCUAUGUUCCCAAUGUUCCAGAAGGCUCUGUAAGAAUAAUAGAUCAGUCAAGCAAUGUGGAGAUAGCCUCUUUUCCAAUCUAUAAGGUGUUGUUUUGUGUGCGUGGACAGAAUGGGACUUCAGAAAGUGACUGCUUUGCGUUUACUGAAAGCAGUUGUGGAACAGAAGAGUUCCAGAUUCAUGUUUUCUCUUGUGAAAUUAAAGAGGCAGUAAGUAUUAAAUAUGGUAUAAUGGCUCAUAUAAAGGAUGCAGGGCAUACCUGGGGAAGUUAUUCCAGAUUUGGGAAUGGUAUGUAUUUGAGAAAUAUAUUAACACAUGUUCAGUGGAUUUUAGAGAAUGUGCAGAUAGUCAAGUGUGACUGUUAAUACAAGUUAAAAGUUACACUAUUUCAAUAAGAUAGCAAAGUGCAUUGUAAUGGGGAUAUUGUAGAAAGCCUUUUGUUUUUCAGGCCUCGUUUGAGUACGUUCCAGGUUAGUGUUGCAAUGUAGAUCUUGGGAGUUAGAAAGAAUCACUUUAUAAUGCUGUGAUUGCCCUUGAUAUUUUGGGAAGAACUGCUGAUAGUUUGAGAUAGGAGGAUUUUUUUAGGCUGGAAGAGUAAGGGAUGAAAAAGAUGACAAAACAAGAUUCUACUUGAGCAAAUUGUAAGAUGUGUUAUUAAAGGCACAGCUUGAAAAAUUAUUAGGGUCUUCUAAUGAGUUGCAUUCCCAAUCUUGUAACAUAUUAACUUAUUGAGAAAACAUUGCAGAGUGGUUGUGAAACACACAAUCUAAAAGCUUUGUGUUUUAAAUAAAGUUUAAAAAAAAAAA